AUGAGGUCGCUAAAAUAUGUGCCGGCAGUGCUGUCGGCUUCUUUCCUUAAUGUACUUGCCAAAGGCAAUUUUGACGCUACAGUUGUUGUAACAACUACUCGAACGGUAACCUUCUGUCCGAUUGCCAAUCUUUUCGAUUGUGCCGCACCAGAACCAACGGAGCAUUGGGGUGAUUGGAGUCAGACGGUGACACCGACUACUGCUGGUACAACCACCACCACAAGGUCAAACGCUGCUACCACGACGUCUUCGAGUGGCAAUGGACCUAGCACACGCACGACAUCAUCCACAUCGGGCAAUGGUCAGGGCACCGGCUCAACAACCUCGACUUCGGGCAGAGGAACUAGCUCGACCUUGACUACCACAUCAGGUAAUGGUCAGGGAACCACUUCGACCAUAUCGACCUCGGGCAAUGGCCACGGAACCGGCUCCACAACAUCCACUUCCGGCACAGGAUCAACGACGUCAAUCAUAACUUCCACAACCUCUCGAGAGAAUGGUGUUAAUGGCACAACCACCACAGCUGGUACAGAGACGACAACAUCAGGUGUGACUACUACUACAUCCCGUCUAGACGGUGUCAAUGGCACAACCACCACGACCGGUACUGGCACAACCACCACUACUAGCGGAACGGAGAGUACCACCAGCACCACUGUCACUACCUCUCACUUUGAAGGCAAUGGCACAACCACUACGUCCUUCACAAGCACGACCACUCCAAUCUUCGAAGGCAACGGCACAACUACCACGUCUCUGACGAGUACCACCUCGCAUUUGGACAGCAACGGCACGACCACUUCCUCCUUGACGAGUACAAUGACAACCACCACAGCUCCAUUUGACGGCAACGGAACAACUACCACAUCCUUUACGAGCACCAUGACGACUACCACGCCUCCAUUUGGUGGUAACGGCACCACAACUACCAGCAACUUCGGAGGCAAUGGAACAACGACUACUACUCCAUUUGGUGGCAACGUAACUACCACGACCCCUAUAACAAGCAUGACCACUCCUUUUGGCAAUGUUACCACCACUCCCUUCAACAACGGAACAACGACUACUCCUACUACUACUGCAAACACAACUACCAGCACCACUUGCGGAAAUGCUACUUCCCCCCACACUGCCAGCCCUACACUGGCUGAGCCAUUGUGCAAUAGUCCCGAGGAUCGAAGCACAUGGUGUGGUGGUCGAUCUGUCGCAGAUGACACACACAGUCAUCUCUUAUUCGCAGGACCGGUCAAGAGGUUCACAUUGGUGCUCACUGUGUCUAGCUUCGACUUCGAUGGUACUCCCCAGUCGUCCUAUGCUAUCAACGGCAAGAGUCCUGGCGAAGCUAUUGAGGUCAAUUGGGGCGACAGAGUAGAAAUUACAGUCGUGAACAACAUGAACAUUGCUACGUCCAUUCAUUGGCACGGUGUCCGUCAAGAGGGUACUAACGACCAAGAUGGUGUUCCUGGCGUUACCGAGUGCCCACUUGCACCAGGCUCUACACGUCUCUAUAGUUGGACUGCAACCACAUACGGUACUGGAUGGUAUCACUCCCAUCUGGCUUCUCAAUAUGGUGGUGGUAUUCGUGGCCCUAUCAUCAUUCACGGACCUGCCUCUGCCAAUUAUGACCUUGACAUGGGUGCGAUCAUGAUCAACGAGAAAUUCGCCUCGACCAUCGACAUCGUCGCAGCUACCGCAGCCAAGACUCCUGGUGGACUCGCUCCAUCAACCAACUAUCUCCUCAACGGCAAGAACCUGUCUCCUAACGGCCAGGCGGGUGAGAGCGCGAAAUGGAUUGUCAAGUCUGGCAAGAAGCAUCUCUUCCGCAUUAUCAACAGUUCUGCCCAGAGUGGCUAUGCUGUCCAUUUCGACGGACACAAGAUGAAGGUCAUCAGCGCCGACUUCACUCCUAUUGUGCCCUACGAGACUGAAUGGUUAUACAUCCAGAGUGGUCAAAGAUAUAAUGUUAUCGUCGAAAUGAACCAGAAAGCUGGCGCCUACUACCUUCGUGCUGUUACUCAAACUGGUUGCGGUACUAGCUCUGGUAACAAUGGUAUGAGCACAUCGAAUGGCGUCUUCGAAUACGAGGGAUCUUGUGACAAGCCUACGCCUGGUAAUCUCACCUUCAAUGCCAACGUCUGCCAGGACGAGCCAAUCGCAAGCCUGGUUCCCGUCGUGCCUCGAGGUGCUGGUGAUCUUGCCAAGUUCACGGCGACUUCCAAACUCUUGCCUGCUGGUAACGCUGGUACACAGGCCUUCAGCAACGUGAGCAUCGUCCGAUGGUUUAUGGGUCCUGUCGAUGAUUUGUCCACCAACUCAGCCACCAAGAAGGGCAACAAGACUAUCAUGGUUGACUUCGACCUACCAACGCUCAGAGCGAUGAGUACUUUGCCCAACGAGGGGUUCAACAGCUCCAUCUACUCCAACGCUGUUGUCCUUGACGGUCCUGCCAAUGACUGGGUCUACUUCGUCAUCCAGAACAACUUCCAGACUUCGCAUCCAAUGCAUCUUCACGGUCACGAUGUCUCAGUCGUGGGCCAAGGUCAUGGUAUCUUCACUGCCGAUAUGGCUAGCACACUGAACUUCGGCAACCCCAUCCGACGAGAUACCGUCCUCCUUUGGGGUGCACCUGUCAUCAAUCCUGACACAGGCAGACCUUUCACAGGUCCAAAUGCACCUGCACAAUCUGGCUGGACCGUCAUCGGCUUCCAGACCGACAACCCAGGUGCCUGGGUCAUGCAUUGCCACAUCAUGUUCCACGCCGACGGCGGUAUGGGUAUGCAAUUCAUCGAGCGACCAAGAGACAUCAAAGACUACUACGACUCUCAAUUCCAGAACACGUGCUCGCAGUAUGAGGCAUGGGAAGCCUCUGGUGGCAUCGGCAAGCUUGAGUACGAGAGUGGUCUCAAGCGAAGAUACCAAGAUCAUCUCGAGGCACACAAGUUCUCUGGCUACUCCCACAGCAACGUGGUCCGAAACUUUUAA